UUCACCACGACGACUACCCUUGCCUACUGUAUCGCACGGCCCGUCCAGCAGCCGACAAUACCCUGGAUCUAACUCCGUCUGUGGCCGGCCUAGAUAGCAAGCUAAAAAGCUAACAAGCAACCAGGUAAGAACCCUUACUGUUGCAUUGUGUCUCUCUAUCUCUACAUGAGUACCUGGUACUGAGAGCCGGGUGGUCGAGGUAGCACAGCGACCCAGUGUCCAGUGAGCUUUUAGCCUUUUCUGGGAUUUGCGGUUUGAUCGGCUGCCUACCGCAAACGCUAGUGUCUUGUUGUGUACACGCUGUAGCCACCAAUAUCUCCCGCACACUUUGCCACAGAGCGGCACCUCUAAACCACUGCUGCAUCAUUCGCCAUCAGUGUAGUGCAGAACAGUAGCUUUUUAGUACAGUGCGUCUAACAAUGUCAUUUCCCCCCACCUUCCCCCUCUCUAUCUCCCACGGCUCUCCGCCGCCUCCACCUCCCGCCGCCAUCUACCACCAAAACUACAGUCUACCCCAACAACCUCGUCCGCAACAGCUACAAAACAUGGCGUCUCCUCCGAGCGAAAACGGCGCGGCAACCCCGUCUUCUGCAGCGCCCGGCUCCAAACUUUUCCGCGGGGAGCGGACCUUUGCCGAGGUUUUAGCCGAGCACCCGGGCGAGCUUGUCCGGACCAGCUCACCCAACUUCGUUUGCACCAUUCUCCCUUCCCACUGGCGCUGCAACAAGACGCUGCCCGUCCCGUUCAAGGUCCUCUCGCUCAGCGACGUCGAGGACGGCAUCAAGGUGAUGCUGACUGCGGGAAACGACGAAAACAGCGCCGCAGAGCUCCGUAACGCCUCGGCCACCUUCAAGAACCAGGUGGCCCGUUUCAACGAUCUCAGAUUCGUCGGUCGCUCCGGCAGAGGGAAGUUGUUGUCGGUGGUGAUACUAGUGGCGACUGAGCCAGCCCAGUACGCAGCGUACACACACGCCAUCAAAGUGACAGUGGACGGCCCCAGGGAACCAAGGCGUAACAGACAACGAGUGGAUGAUUGCAGAGACCACCCGUACCUGAGGCCCAACCCAUUCCUCGGCACCGGAAUGAAUGGACUUCGACUGGCACCCAGUGGGAUGGAGCCUGUCGGAGCCGGGGCGGCCGAUCCGCGGAUGGGACUCAACACGCCUCCAGAAAUGUGCCCAGGAUCAUUCCCAGAUGUAUCUCUCCCAACAUGGGCACCAAACUCUCCCUGCAUACCUACAAGUCUCUGCAUCUACAGUGGAGCCCUCGGUAACGAGAUCCCAGAAAUGAGGACGCCUCUAAUACGGACACCUUUUAUUCCAACCCUGCGAUCUCCCUCUGUGUGGCAGUACCCUGCAAUCAUCACUCCAACCAUCACCACCUCCCACGUGGAGACCACGAGGUGCAAUUCUGUCACUCAGAACAGUGACUCCAUGAGUAACGCACAACAACAACAACAACAAGCCCAACAACAACAUAUGAACCAACAGAACUCUCUCAACGACAUGACAAAAUUCGUGUUCCCCGCGCACGGGAUCCCAAUCUCCCCCGGAAUAUUCGGCACCCAGUUUUUCGGCACCACCCCCUCGAGCGGGAUAACCCCGAUUACUCCGCUUACUCCAACCGUCCUGGCCCCCGCGACCUCUUGCGGGCUGGGGUUCACCACAGACUUCCGCCACAUUCCGGCAAGCCAAUUCUUCUCUCCGCUGAGUCUAGCUCCGCCCACCAUGAUCCAGGGUUCGCUCCCAAAAACGCCGACCCUCCCUCCUCCCUCUCCCCACGCCCUCGUCGGGAUAAGCCACCAAGGGAUGCCGACAUCGGCAACGCUCGUCAAUUCCCCGUUCGGUAAGGGCAGUUUCAUGGAAGAGUUCACGAAGAUCGGGAGUAUAUCGCCGUUCAUCGUGUCUCCUGGGCCGGGGAUUUCGCCAAAGAAGGCAAACGGGACGACGGUGUUUUUUCCAACCGUUCCAAACGGAGACGCGAAGCUCACGACCGUGAUAAACGGAAUAACGUUCACAACGCAGGCGGCAGACCCGAGCGGACAGCAUCACCACCCCAUCGUUAAGAUGGAGACACCGCUAGAACCAAACGCAUGCUGCGUGGGGGACGAGAAACAAUGAUGGCUGCUGCCUGCCUGCCUCUCCCCUCCUGCCUGCCACUGCCAGCAAUAACCACUUUUUAGGAUUUUCUCAAGUGCACUCCAACCAGAUUUGACACAGGGAUCUCUAGUCGCCUCUCUUCACUUCUUUUUUCAGUCUGUCGAAACCACAACCCAAAAACUCUGAGAGUUUCAGGUCUCUCUCUCUCUCCAUACCCCCAUUCUUCCGUUCCAAUACCCCUGUUCUCUCUCAAUGUAAAGUUCCUCACCCAUUAUGGAUCACGGUCCGAAACACUUAUCAUGAAACCUCGCUCUCCCACCCUCCCACUGUAUAAAGUAUGGCACACUGUCAUUUCCUCCCUGCCUGUAUGUUGUAGUACCAUCUGACCAAUCACAACUUAUAAUAGACUUAAUAAUACACUGUCCAUCUUUCUACUACAAACUUCUCCAAUCACGUUUUCUUGUAGUCCACCACCCAUUUUUCAUCUGCCAUCCCUCACUUUACAUGUGUGUGUGUCUGUGUAUUGUACUGUUAGCUAGUCCCCCCCACUCAUGUGUCACCUUUCUCUUGGUCUUUUCUGGCACCAUGAGACCCUUUGACUGUACCACUGUCACUUUUUACUCUCUUCCCUCUCUCUGUCUUUCUUUUUGUCCCUGUCGUAUUGUAUGUUUGUUUUUACGUGCUCACUUUUACUAGCUUUUUCUCCCUUUUUUUGAUUAUCCUACUUAUUAUAAUGUGCAUUACCGACAAAAGCUGCACUUCAAAGGAUUAACUAGUGUAACUAAUAAUGUGUUAUUAUACACCGCCCGAUCCUAUGUGAUAGUGUACCAUCAAGAUCCGACGCUCUGCUCAUUUCAAUCUUUUUGAAAAUUGCUUAAACUGAGUUUUCACUUACAAUUAGAAGAGCUGCACCCAAAACUAAGACUAUCUCUCUAUCUUCAUGUGUUUCUAUGGCAUCUCUCCCAUUGCCCCUCAGCACUACCAUGUCUGUUUCGUGUAUUAGUCUGUUGUAAUAAUUAUCACUCGGUGCUGUCAGAUCUCUCUCUCCCUCACUUUGUUUUGUACAGCAUACAUUGUGUAUGUACAAUUUCUCCAGCAACAUUAAAAAUUGAACCAUCUCUCGUAACAAACAUGUGAA